CGCCGGCUAGCUGCAAGGCCGAACAGAAGCACACACAUACCCCCUGUACAUAGCACACUUGUGUUUCCUGAGCCACGCCCGUCUAGCCAUGUCUGCCGCCGCUUGUGUUGCCUUGUGUCCCACCGCCUCUUCUCGCCACGGCGGAUCGCCGGCCGUCGUUGGGACGCCGCCGGCAGCAAUGGCGGCAGAGAAGGAGGCAGAGCAAAAGCACCUCUUCAGCGGCAGCACGGAGAUCAACGCUAACGGGAGCAUCAACGGCAAAUGUGACGAGGACGGCGACGCAGCCGCUGGGGUCGAUGACGUGGCCGAGCACUACCGCGAUCCGGCGGUGACGAAGCCACGGGCGGUGGUCCAGAGAUUCACGUGCGAACGCAAGCCUUUCGUCGAUGGCUUCGCUCUCAGGAGGAGCAUUGGCAGCCCUGAGUUGGAGAGCUUGGAUCCUUUCCUUUCCUUGGAUGAGUUUGAAUUUUCUCCUCCAGCUGGCUUUUCUGAUCAUCCCCACAGAGGAUUCGAGAAUGUUACCUACAUGCUCGAGGGAGGUCUCAGUUACCAUGACUUUUCAGGCCACAAGGGCACCAUCAACAAAGGAGAUGUUCAGUGGAUGACAGCGGGGCGCGGGGUUGUGCACGCGGAGAUGCCGGGCGGGCAGGGCGUGCAGCGGGGUAUCAAUCUCUGGAUCAACCUCUCCUCCAAGGACAAGAUGGUGGCGCCUCGGUACCAGGACCUGGCGAGCGUCGAGAUCCCGACGGCGGAGAAGGACGGCGUGACCAUCAAGGUGAUCGCGGGGUCGGCCCUGGGCGCGAGGUCGCCGCUGGAGACGCGCACCCCGGCCAUGUUCCUCGACGUCGCCAUGCGCCCCGGCGCGCGCCUUCGCCAGCCCGUGCCGCCCGGAUGGACCGCCUGCGCCUACGUCAUCGACGGCGAGGCCGGCUUCUUCUUCGGGUCCGGGUCCGGGUCCCAGGACGCGGAAGCGGGCGCGCACGAGUGCGUGGUGUUCGGCGGCGACGGCGACGGCGACGGCGUGGAUGUGCGGAGCGAGGGAGGCGGGAGGAUUCUGCUGCUGGCGGCGCGGCCGCACGGCGAGGCGGUGGUGCGGGACGGGCCCUUCGUGAUGAACACGAGGGAGGAGGUGGAGCAGGCCAGGGAGGAUUACCUGAAUCGACGCAACGGGUUCGAGAUGGCCGCCGGAUGGGCCUCCGCUCACGCGCCCACCGCCGUGCCUAGAUGAUUGGGUACGGGUGCCAUGAGAGUAAUCAGUGAAAAUAGACAAAAUGUUUUGUCUUGGUAACUGCGGUGGCAAUUAACGUCAUGGAUUUUCAUUUCCGAGAAUUUGUUGAUUCACACAUCCAUACAAUCGAAACCAACAUAACCAACGAAAUUCGCUGUACAACUGGAAGCUAUAUCAUGGCCUACUGAAAUCAACAUUUUAGGUUCAUCUUUCG